AUGGAGGGCCGAAGUCUACGAUCUUUGCUGAAUGCCAGCACUCCUCUGAUCACCAGGGUGGCUCUGGGACCACUUCUGAGGUUCAACAAGGCUCCUGCUCAGCUGCACUUUCAUCAACGAUGUGUAAAGCUUCGUAAUAAACUUGAGCGCAUCCACGGCAUGUCUCCAUAUCUUCAAAGAGCGCAAAAUUUGGCAGAACUGGCAGCAGAACUGCAGGCUUUGGCACUCUCACAGCUGCAGGAGGUGAGUGCAAACACCCCUACCUUUAUAGCGGGCGUUUUACCUGCGGUGGUGACGAGUGAUCCGGUUACUCAUCUUUGGAAAUUAUUUCAACUUGGAGCCCCGCUUUGUUUAUUGUUCAAUGCGGUGGCUCCCGAGCACCCUAUUGCGGUGGUGAGCAGCGAUGAUAUGAGGGUGUGCAAGAAAAGUGUUUAUGACUUUUUGUUGGCGGUGAAAAUGCACCUUGGAUAUGAAGACGAGUUGAUGAUUCUGAAUGUGUUUUCCGACUCCGGCACCGAUUUCAACAAAACAUUGCUGGUGGUGGAGAAACUAGCGCUGCGCGCCGAUAUCGUCGAGGAGGAAUCAAGCUCGUAUAAUGGGGGAACCCUACCCAACUCCACCCCAGGCUCCCUUCCUAGUUCUCAACCUGGCUCGGCUCCGACAUCCCGUUCGGCGUCUGGCCACGUCCCAAUGCACACUCCGGAGGCAGCCAUGUCGUCGCUCUCGUUGUCCGAUCGCGGAAGACCGACUUUUGAUCUCGAACCCUCUCCUUUGGAUUCAACGGUUACCCUCAACGACGAGCACAGCUCAACCGAUGCUUCGAAGGUGUUCAACGAGCUCGUUUAUACCGAGAGAAAGUACUUGGACGACCUCGAGCUCCUCCUCAAGUACAAGAACGAAGUGAGACUUGCCGACUCGGUUCUGCCCGAACAAUUGGAUAUCAUGUUUCCCAAUUUGGACGUCAUAACUGAUUUCCAACGACGUUUUUUGAACGGUUUGGAGUGUAAUGUCGGCAUAUCGUACAAGUACCAACGAAUUGGGCUGGCGUUCCUCCACGCAGCUCGCGGUCCAUUCAGAGCGUACGAACCAUGGACAAUCGGCCAAACCGCCGCCGUGGAACUUCUUCAUCGCGAGGGUGCAAGCUUGCGGAAAAGCUCAUCGUUGAUCGACCCGGGCUUUGAGCUUCACUCGUAUGUCCUUAAACCGGUUCAGCGGUUAUGCAAGUAUCCACUUCUACUCAAAGAGCUCGUUAAAAGUACCUCUACUCUCAAUCCAGGCUACGAAGAACUCACGCUAGCUCUCGAAGCGAUGAAGGAAGUUGCACACAAAGUGAACGAGGCACAGAGACGGGCCGAAAACGUGGGUUAUCUCCAUCAACUUCAGACACGGGUGGUCAAUUGGAAGGGAUACAACGUAAAAGAGAUGGGAGAGCUUUUGCAUCAUGGCAUAAUUGGAGUUAAGGUGAAGGACGAGGAUGAGAAGGAGUUUUUGGCAUAUUUAUUCGAGAGGGCAAUCUUCUUCUUUGUUGAAGAAGCCCGAAAAAAAUCAGGUUUCCGCAACAAAACCCCGAAAGCUUCUUCCAGUCUCAAUAUGAUUUCAUCCGACGGACCGCUCGAGCUCUCUGGAAGAGUCUACGUGCUGGAGAUCUACAAUAUUUCCACCCUUGGGAACUCGUUGGUGAUAUCGUGGCUGGGAAAGAAAGAAAGUGGGCUGUUCACGUUCAGAUACAAGACAGAGGAGACCCGCGCUCAGUGGGAGAGCUGCUUGCGAGGCUUGAAGCAGAGCGAAAUGGCUCAGAUACACAGAAAGCUCAGAGGGUCUCAAGAUUCAUUGGGUAACUUAUCUAUGAACUCAGACCGCACUGUCGGUACACCAGGCAACAGACACCAUUCUUCAUCUUCCACCACCAUGAUGCAACGAAGAGUGUUGGUACAACUCAUACACCAGAACAACGACGCCGGAACGUUGGUUUUACCGGCUUCAAUUACGUUUCCGGAAGUUUAUCAAAAGAUCGGAAAUCGGCUCGGAGAUGUUCAAAGAUUACGCUACAAAGACGAAGACGGUGAUUACGUGGUGAUGGACUCGAACGAAGACUGGGCUAUUGCGGUCGACAUGGUGGAGGAAACCGGCGGCUCCAUCACCAUCUGGGUAAGUUAG